AUGUCGGCACAACUUUAUCAGACCCUUGGUGAAGAUCUAUUGACCUCUUUCAGCGAAAAGAGAUACACGGACAUUACGAUAACGACCGAACAAGGAACGCCUAACGCGAGAACGUUCCGGUCGCACAGAUUUAUUCUUUACUCUCGUUCCCAAUAUUUUCGGGAACUCUUGUCCGAUGGUAAUGAUAACGAGAAUAUUGAGCUCCCAGACAUUUCAGGCCAUAGAUCUGGAUCGGAAGUCCUGGACUUAUUACUUGGAGCUGAAAAACUUUCCCUUGAUCUCGUUAACAGCAUACAAUCUUUCAUUAUUGAGCAGCAUGGUAACUGGUUAAACGAGCAUUUCGCUCAUAUUUAUCAUGUGAGUAAUAAAUAUGACACCUUUGAACAACUACGUGCGUUCUGCGCUCAUACCGUCAAAAACUCCCCUGAGGUAGUUUUCUUGGCUGCCGACUUUACGAGUCUUCCUGAAAAAUUAUUACGCGAAAUUCUUAUUCGGGACGAUAUAAAAAUAGACGAAGUUGAACUUUGGAACUAUUUGUUAAAAUGGGGUCUUGAUAAAAACCCUUCAAUGAAAUCUGAUCCAUCAUUAUGGAGUCUUGACGAUGUCGAAUCAUUGGCAAAAACACUUAAGGAUUGUCUACCUUUAGUUCGGUUCUUUCAAUUUUCUGCAAAAAAUUAUCGUACUCAUUUGCUACCAUAUAGAAAACUUUUGAAAAUUUCGCAAGCAAAGGUUUACGUUGAUUUGAAAAAUUAUUUUUAUAUGGAUAGUGUUCGACCUACUUAUAAAAUUUUGG